GCUGCUUGCUAUGCUACCAGUGCCGGCCGUUCCCCCCAAUUGUACCAUUAACGCUCGACACCAUGGACACAACAGACACCAACGACGCGCCCCUGGCUAGGGUCGAACAGCCCAACGGGGCUCUGGCCGUCAACAAUGCGCGCACCGAGUUCCGGUCCAGAGCCGAGAUUGAUCGCAUCCGCCGCCUCAAGCAGGCGCAGCUAGCCUACGGCCGCGGCCGCCGCAUCGACGUCAAGAGCGUCAAGGACAAGAAAUUGCGGCGCAAUCUCAACAACCUCGAGAACAAGUACAAGACGGCGGCCUUGAAGGCCAAGGAGGCCGAGAUCCUGCUCGAGAACUCGUCCGGCUUCCUAGAGCCCGAGACAGAACUCGAGCGGACCUACAGGGUGCGCCAGGAUGACAUCCAGAAGGAGGUCGCCAUCGAGGUGGCGCAGAAGAAGUUCGAGCUGAAGCUCGAUGCGCUUGGCCCCUAUGUGUGCGAGUACAGCAGGAACGGGCGGGAUCUGAUCUUGGCGGGGCGGAAAGGCCAUGUCGCGACCAUGGACUGGCGGGAGGGCAAGCUUGGCUGCGAGCUGCAGCUGGGUGAGACGGUCCGGGAUGCCCGCUUCCUGCACAACAACCAAUUCUUCGCGGUGGCUCAGAAGAAGUACGUUUACAUAUACGAUGCCAACGGCGUCGAGAUCCACUGCUUGAGAAAGCACGUCGAGGUCUCGCACAUGGAGUUUCUUCCCUACCACUUCCUCCUAGCGACUUUGAGCAUAAGCGGUCAGUUAAAGUACCAAGACACAUCCACCGGUCAAAUCGUCGCCGAGAUCCCGACCAAACUUGGAACGCCCGUCUCCCUAACGCAGAACCCGUAUAACGCCAUCCUACACAUCGGCCAGCAGAAUGGCACGGUCACAUUGUGGUCACCGAACUCGUCACAGCCGUUGGUUAAACUUCUCGCCCACAGAGGGCCUGUGCGGUCACUUGCAGUCGACCGGGAGGGACGAUACAUGGUGUCGGCAGGGCAGGACAACCGGAUGGCCAUCUGGGACAUCCGAAACUUCAAGGAGGCCGUCUCCAGCUACUUCACCAGAUCACCCGCGUCGUCCGUCGCAAUAUCAGACACGGGCCUCACGGCGGUCGGGUGGGGGACCAAGACGACCGUCUGGAAGGGCCUCUUCUCGAAGGAGAAACCGGUGCAAGAAAAGGUCCAGAGCCCCUACAUGACGUGGGGCGGCGAUGGCCAGUCGAUCGAGCGCGUACGGUGGUGCCCGUUCGAGGACGUGCUCGGCAUCGGGCACUCCCAGGGCUUCUCGUCCAUCAUCAUCCCCGGCGCUGGCGAGGCCAACUACGACGCGCUCGAAGUCAACCCGUUCGAGACCAAGAAGCAGCGGCAGGAGGGCGAGGUCAAGGCCCUGCUGAACAAGCUGCAGCCCGAGAUGAUCGCGCUCGACCCCAACUUCAUCGGCAACCUGGACCUGCGGUCCGAGAAGCAGCGGCAGGCCGAGAGGGACCUGGACGCCCCGGCGGUGGACAUCGCCGAGGAGAUCCGGAACCGGGCGCGGGGGAAGAACAGCGCGCUGAAGAAGUACCUGCGCAAGCAGCGCAAGAAGAACAUCAUCGACGAGAAGCGACUCAAGGUCGAGGAGAUGUACAAGGAGAUGCAGGAGAAGAAGGACGAGCGGCACAAGGAGCGGCAGGCCCAGCUGGGGCCGACGCUGUCGAGAUUCGUGCGGAAGGAGUAGGAAGUAAUGAUACCCGGAUGACCUGGCCAUGCAUGCUAUUCCGUGAUGGCAAGGUGCUGUGUGGGAGGCUUACUCCUCUGUCGUAGCACUCACUCCGUGCGGUAUUGGGGUAUCAACCAAGACCCAGC